AUUAAUAAAUAAAUAAAAAACACAAAUAUGACAUUAAAGGACAUGGUCUUAUUCGGUGUAUUUUUUCAGAAAGUAAUGUGAUGUGGAUCAAGUAUAGCCAUCAAGUUCCUUUGUAUACUCCUACACAACGGUAAGUCUAGUUGCGGCUAGACGGCUCUCGUUGUUUCAGAAAAUGCCCACCAAAAAACUGCGACGAACCCACAAACCACGUUUAAUAUUUAGUUUUAGGUCUCAUUGUUAUCUUCUCUUCUCCCACCUACAUUCGCCUGCCUUAACGAUUCAAAUCUUUAAUGCCAAUUAAUUUGUGCAUUUCAUAGCACAUUUAUCCACCUAAUAAGUUCAAUUUAAAUUAGGUGGGUAAGCACUUUUUAGAAAAACGUAUUUGAGAUUUUGCAUCUUUAAGCAGGUGAAUUUGUCAGCAAUAUUGAUCUCAAUUUGCACAGUCCAUGUACAAGUUGAAGUCGGCAUUGUUCGUUCGUUCAAGUGUUAUAGAACCAAAAAGAUAAAAUAACCGGACGAAGUCAAUGGCAAAUCCAGAGAGAAUGGAGACGGCAAGCAUCGUUCCUCUGACAAAAGAAGGAGUCGUAGCAGGGGACGGCACAGCAGCAGAAGCCGAAGCCGCGACAGGAAGAAGAGUGGACGGGGCGGCGACGCGGGAGGCAGGCGCAGCAAAAGCCGCGACAGAAAACGGUCGAGAGACCGUCGGAGAUCGCGUUCGAGAGGCCGCAGGUCGCCGGCGCGCGACCGCAAGUCCCGCUCGCGCGACAGACGAAGCCGCUCGCCCGUCAGAGGUUUACCGUACGCGAGCGGCAAGGACAGAGAAGCACGAGGCGAUAAAAAGUUGGACCGCGGCAGAUCGGGAAGCAGGGACAGGACGAAACGGUCGAAGUCGCGGGAUCGCAAGCGGUCUCCCUCGCCUGCGGUGCCGAAGCUUCCGUUCCCGCGGAGGGGGGCGCGCUCGCCGCUCGGCUUGAGAUCGUCGUCGCCCGCAGAAGAGCUCAGUCCGGAAGACAGAGAUGCCAGAACUGUGUUUUGCAUGCAGCUCUCGCAGAGAAUACGCGCCCGCGAUCUCGAGGAAUUCUUCAGUUCGGUCGGCAAAGUGAGAGACGUUAGAAUGAUCGUGUGCAACAAAACGAGGAGGUUUAAAGGUAUCGCGUACAUUGAAUUCAAAGAUCCCGAAAGUGUCGCCUUGGCAUUGGGUUUAUCUGGGCAAAAGCUUUUGGGUGUACCAAUAAUAGUGCAACACACCCAGGCAGAGAAAAACAGAAUGGGUAACUCCAUGCCGAAUUUAAUGCCAAAAGGAAUGACUGGGCCGAUGCGAUUGUACGUGGGCUCUUUGCACUUCAACAUAACCGAGGAAAUGCUGCGGGGAAUAUUCGAACCGUUCGGCAAAAUCGACAACAUCCAGCUGAUCAUGGAUCCGGAAACGGGCCGAUCGAAAGGAUACGGUUUCAUAACUUAUCACUCGUGCGACGACGCGAAGAAGGCGCUGGAACAGCUGAACGGCUUCGAGCUGGCCGGCCGGCCGAUGAAGGUGGGCAACGUGACCGAGCGCCUCGACCUGCAGACGCAGGGUCCCUCCUUACUGGACUCGGACGAGCUGGAUCGGUCGGGCAUCGACCUGGGCGCCACCGGCCGCCUCCAGCUGAUGUUCAAGCUGGCGGAGGGGGCGGGCAUGCAGGUGCCGCAGGCGGCCGCCAACGCGCUCUCGAUCGCCACCGGGCAGCCGGUCGUCUCGCAAGUGCAAACCAACUCGACGCCGCCCAUCGCCACGCAGUGCUUCAUGCUCAGCAACAUGUUCGACCCUGCCACGGAGGCAGUGUCUGCGUGGGACGUGGAGAUCAGGGACGACGUGAUCGAGGAGUGCAAUAAGCACGGGGGCGUGCUGCACGUGUACGUGGACAAGGGGUCGCCGCAGGGCAACGUGUACGUAAAGUGUCCGUCUAUCGCCACCGCCGUGGCCUCCGUCAAUUCGCUGCACGGCCGCUGGUUCGCGGGCCGCGUCAUUACGGCCGCCUACGUCCCCCUCCUCAACUACCAUUCGCUCUUCCCGGAAGCCAUGACCACCGUGCAACUCCUCCUUCCCUCCAAUCGCAAAUAA